AUGGGUGCACAGAAGUUACCUGCUGCCCCUGUGGCUGACCUGUGCGACGCCAACGCCUCGCUCAUCCUCACCGGCGAGCUGCGCAUCCUGGAGCCUGUCUUCCAGGAGUAUGGCCAGUGCAUUUCUUUCUCGGGCCAGGUGGUCACCAUGCGCGUCCUGGAGCACAACGUGGGGGAAAGCGAGCUCCUGGAGACGCCCGGCGAGGGCCGGGUGCUGGUGCUCGACGGCCGCGGCAGCAAGCGCUGCGCCAUCAUGGGCGGCAAUCUGGCGGAGCAGGCGUGCCGCAACGGCUGGGCGGGCGCCGUCGUGAACGGCUGCAUCCGCGACGUGGCCGACAUCAACUCGUUCCCCAUCGGCGUCCGCGCGCUCGCCAGCCACCCACGCCACCCCGGGGCAGACGGGGUCCCUGAGCUGCACGUCGACGUCGAAUUCGCCGGCGCCGUCAUCCGCGACGGGGAGUGGCUCUACGCGGACACCGACGGCAUCAUUGUCUGCAGCAAGGAGAUCUACGGAUUUCCGGAAGGUGCCAGGCAAAAGACUCGAACUCACGCACGGGGCAUCGUCCUGUCGGGAGAUGAGCAUCGGAGACUUGAAGCAUGGAAAGUGAUUCACAGGAGAGCAGAGCCGACUUCGAUGCUGAUGUCUGUCGCAAUCGGAAUCAUGAUGGUCUCCUUGUGGAUCGCGGUCUUCAUCUUCCGCCCUGAUUGGCUUGAUUUGGGCCUCAUUGUUGUCUGCAUGUUGGCAUCAGUUGUUGGGAUAUUUUUAUUGCUCAAAACUGAGCAAGUGGAACAGAAGAGGAAGAGGUUGGGAACAAAAUGCCAAGUUGUCUCAGAUGAAGUCUAGCAGAUUUUCGAAGCAUCGGCAUCUAAAGC